AUGUUCACUCCAUCUCAUCUCAAAUCCUUACACCCUCUUCAAAUUUUCUCCCCAAAAUCAUCCUCAACACAUUCCAUGAAACUCAAAAGAAUCAUCCACACCCUCUUAGUUUCACACUUAUGUCGAAUAUUUCGCGCAAUCUCUAAACUCAAGCAUUUCAUUAUCGAAAUUCUCAAAGACAACAACAAUAACUCAACCAUCAACUUCACUUACUAUUCUUCUCACAAGAAACGUAACAACAUAAGAAAAAAGAUCAUUUUAGGCUCCUUUAGGCUUCACUACAACUGGUGUUCUUCAAAAUCAUCGCAUGUUUUGCCAGUUCCGGAGCCCGUUUACGAGACUCCGGACGCGAAUCUUGCAGGGUAUUUAGAGUGGCUCGAAGAGAAGAAAAUUCAAGAGGGUGCAAAAAAAGAAGAGAUUGUGAAUGAUAAAGAGAAUAUUGAUAUAUUAGCUGAAAUGUUUAUUGCUAAUUGUCAUGAGAAGUUUAAGUUGGAAAAACAAGAGUCUGAUAGGAGGUAUCAAGAAAUGCUUGCUAGAAGCAUGUGA